AUGUCCACGUCUACGACAGCGGCCGCCGGCGCCUCAUCCGCCAGCGACACGCUCACGCUGUACAGCUGGCCCGAGUCGGGCAACAGCUACAAGGUGCGUCUCUUGCUAGCGUUUCUGCGCGUACCGCACACCGUCAGGGAUCUCGAUUUCCUCAGUCAAGAGCAGCAGAGCGAUUGGUUUCGAUGCAUCAAUCCUAAAGGCGAAGUGCCGACGCUGGUGCACAACCAGACGACCCUGACCGAUUCAUCUUCCAUUCUGGCCUACAUUGCCGCCACGUACGACGACUUGGGCAGGCGUGGGACAGGACCAUCAUCGUAUUACGGGCAGGAUCUGUUGGAACAAGUCAAGAUCAUCGAGUGGCUCGCUUUCGCCAACGGAUGGGUGCAGCACGGCGUCUUUACCGCCAGGGCCAUCCUCUCUUACGGCGGGCCCUACAACGGUCUGGGCCAAAACACGUCCGACGAUGCGUUGCUGCAGGCGCGUCUAGCAGACGCCAAGGUGCGCGCGCACAAGUCGCUAGCCAUCAUCGACGCAGAAUUGGCCAAGGGGGAUGGUUGGCUCGUCGGCUACAGACCCACCAUUGCGGACAUUUCGAAUUUCGUCUAUAUCGCCCUUGCUCCCAUGGGAGAUGUAUCUCUGCAGGCUUAUCCUAGCGUUUUGGCCUGGAUAGAGGCGAUCAAGAAGCUGCCUGGUUUCAUACCCAUCCCUGGUCUGGAUGAUCCCUUGGUCAGACGGAGAGGCACGCGAUUUGAAGCUGUCACAGGGUGA